AUGGCUAAGACUCCAAAGGUUGCAAUCAUCUACUAUUCAUUGUACCACCACAUCUCUACUCUUGCGGACUCCAUUAAGGUUGGAGUUGAAUCUGCCGGAGCCCAGGCAGAUUUAUUCCAGGUACCGGAGACGUUAGCACCCGAGGUUCUUUUGAAGCUUAACGCUCCUCCCGCGAGAGAAGUGCCAAUAGCUACAAUCGAAACUUUGAAAGAAUACGACGCUUAUUUGUUUGGUAUCCCCACCAGAUUCGGAACGUUCCCAGUCCAGUGGAAAUCGUUCUGGGAUGCCACUGGUGGAAUUUGGGCUGCUGGAGCUCUCAGAGGUAAAUUUGCUGGAGUGUUUGUGGCUACAGCAACUCCUGGUGGUGGACAAGAAGAAACUGUGAUCAAUUCAUUGUCGACAUUGACUCACCAUGGUAUUGUCUUUGUUCCAUUUGGGUACGGUCAUCCAGGGCUCAACAGCUUUGCUGAGAUUCGUGGUGGUUCUGCUUGGGGAGCUGGAACGUUUGCCGACGCGGACGGUUCUCGUAGCGUGAGUGAAUUAGAAAAGGACAUAGCCAAGACACAGGGUCACGACUUUGUCACUACUAUCACUAAAUUCAGUUAA